CAAGAAAGGAAACCUGAAGAGACACCAGUGGAUCCACGUGGCAGAGGAGCUCUUCACUUGCGGGGAGUGUGGGAGGCGCUUCGCCACCCGGGGCCACCUCACGACCCACCAGAGUGUCCACACAGGAGAGAGGCCCUUCUGCUGCGGGGAGUGCGGGCGCUGCUUCCACCUGGAGAUAUGCCUGGCUUCCCACCGGAAGACACACGCCAAGGGUGGUCCCUACCUCUGUGCCCACUGCGGCAAGAGUCUGAGCACAAAGAUCUACUUCAACAUCCACAUGCGGACUCACACAGAGAAGAGGCCAUUCGCCUGCACUGAGUGUGGGAAGAGCUUCGUGAAGAAGGGGACCCUCACUGCCCACAAGGAGAUCCACAAGCGAGAGAAGCCCUUCAAAUGCCCCAACUGCAGUAGGUGCUUUGGGCAAAGUGCCACACUGGUGGCCCACCAGAAGAUACACCUCUGUGGGGGUCCUUUAAUUUGUACUGAGUGUGGGAAAAGCUUGAGCACCAAACGGUAUUUCAACGUCCACCAGAGGAACCACGCUAAGCAAAAGCCACUUGAGGAUCACAUCAAUGGUCCGUCUCUUCAGGUCAUUCAGAUUAAAGAGGAAACUGAUUUUGCCUUCAGG